AUGUUCGAUGCCAGGACCCCCAAUCCCAAGGCUUCGGCUUUGGCUUCGGCUUCGAACCCGAUCCCCUCCUCGUCGCCAGCGUUUGCGACACCUGCUGCAACGCUGAAGCCUUUUUCGGUUGCGCCCACAAAGGCCACCAUACUGCCCAUAUUACUUCCGCCGCCGACCCUGAGGCCCUUGGCCUUUCGCACUUUCACCAAAAAACACAGCCUGACCCUCACCUCCUCCGCCUUGCAAGAGCUGGCCACCUUCAUUGGGAGGCAUUGCGGUUCAGCAUGGCGCGAGGAAGGUCUGGCCGAAAAGGUCUUGGAAGAGGUCGCCAAGGCGUGGAAGAACCGCAACGGGGGGGUCAUCGUCGACGGCGCCAGCAGCGAGCUCAAAGAUAUCCUGAAAACCCUCGAGGGCAACAUGACUGGCGGCAGGAUAGCUACCGGCCGACAGCUGAGCAGGCAGAACAGUCUGGCCAUCGAUAUCCUGGACGAAAGUGACCUCUCCAACACACGACUCGGAAUACGCCCGGCGACGUUGGCCCGGGAUGACAGCAACAGAAGUUUUGGCAUGACCGGCCUGGAUAUGCAGGAGGACCAUGCAGGUGACGAGGACGGACUCGACGACCCCAAGGAGUGGUCCAAAGUAGUCAAUGCCUACGAACAACCCAGGAUGGUCUACAAUGUCUCCAAGAAACACUUCGAAAGAGAUUCUUCAAAGCCAUCAUUAAUGCCUUCGGCCGCCCACAAGACCGCUCUCUUCAGAAACAGGUACAAUGUCAUACACCAGCGACUGCUCAGGAACGAGUCGUUCCAGACUUCGUCCGUAGCCUCGGCGAAAGCAGCGCCGCCUUCGUUGAACCGAUCAGACUCCUCUGCGACCACGGCCCAACAAACCUACAAGAUCACCCCCAUCGCGAACCUCUUGGGUCGCCAUGGAAGUCACCAUAUGCUGUUGGGCCUUUUGUCCAUAUCUCCUACGGGUACAUUGACCAUAAGUGACUUGACAGGUACCAUUUCACUCGACGUCACAAAAGCGAAAUCAAUACCUGAAGAUUCGGCUUGGUUUGCGCCAGGCAUGAUCGUUCUCGUGGAUGGUAUAUACGAGGAAGAGGAAGAGUCCGUGGGCAAAGGCCUGGGGGCAAGCAAUGGCAUAGGCGGCAUAAUAGGGGGUCAGUUCCAGGGCUUCUUCAUUGGACAGCCACCGUGCGAGAAGCGGAAAGCAACACUCGGAGUCAGUGGCCCGGACGGUGGCCCGGACCACACCGUAGGGGGUGGCUUCGGCUGGAUUGACUUCUUGGGUGUGGGCAGCGAACGAGCUGUAGGGUCAAAGAUGCGGAAAGUGGAGCAGCGCAUUCUGCGACGUGCGUCAGGUGGUGGCCAUGAGCCAAGUCGUGAUCGAGUUGUCAUUCUUGGCGAGCUGAAUCUGGAUCAGCCGCGGGCACUACAAGCCCUGCACAAAAUUUUGACGAUUUACGCUUCAGAACCCGAGGGACAUUCCCCCAUGACAUUUGUCCUUACGGGCAAUUUUACACAACAUGCUGUCAUGGCAGGCGGAGGCGCGAGUGGCGGCAGCGUAGAAUACAAGGAAUACUUCGACUCACUGGCAUCUGUGCUAUCGGACUUCCCGACGCUCUUGCAGACAGCCAGCUUUGUUUUCGUACCAGGGGACAACGACGGAUGGGCGUCUUCGUUUUCCGCUGGGGCGGCAGUUCCACUGCCCCGAAAAGCCGUCCCAGACAUGUUCACGUCACGCAUCAGGCGGGCCUUCGCCACCGCAAACGCGGAGCCUGGUGUCAAGAAAGGUGGCGAGGCAAUCUGGGCGUCGAACCCGGCCCGCCUCUCGGUAUUUGGGCCUACCCACGAGAUGGUGCUGUUCCGGGACGACAUGUCUGCGCGUCUACGGCGGACAGCUGUGCGCCUCAGAUCAUCAAAGCCCAGCAGUGAAGACCAGGAGAACCAAGCAUCCCCUAACGAGUCGGUCGAAGACGUCGAUAUGACCGGAGCUUUGCAUGAUCAGCAACCUGUGGCGGAGGCUAUGGACGUUGACGCGAUUGCUGCUAAGCCUACGACGCCAGAGAUAGCAUAUGACGUCCAGGCGGCACGUAAAUUGGUCAAGACGGUCCUGGACCAGGGAUACCUCGCGCCGUUCAGACAGCAGAUACGGCCGGUUCAUUGGGACUAUGCGUCGGCUCUACACUUGUACCCGCUGCCUACGGCGAUGGUUCUGGUAGAUGCGACUGCGCCACCGUUCUGCAUCACCUAUGAAGGCUGCCACGUCAUGAACCCUGGCACCAUACUGGUAGCCGGCCGGAGAGGGGUGGGACGAUGGGUCGAAUAUGAACUGGGAGGCAAGGGCAGAGUUAGGGAAUGUAUGUUUUGA